AUGUCAUUAGCUCAAGUUCCAUAUUUAAAUUGUAUUAGAAAUACUUUAACUGCUUCAAUGUGUCUCCAAAACUUUGGUUCACAAAUUGUUGAAAGACACAACAAACCAGAAGUUGAAGUCAAAACAAGCAAAGAAUUAGUUUUAAAUCCAGUUAUUAUUGCUCGUAAUAAAGCUGAAAGAGUUUUAAUUGAAACCUCAAUUAAUUCUAUUCGUAUCAGUGUUUCAAUCAAAAAAUCUGAUGAAGUUGAUGUUAUUCUUGCUAAAAAAUUCGUUCGUUUCCUUGUUCAAAGAGCUGAAAGUUUCAUCAUCUUAAGAAGAAAACCAGUCGAAGGUUACGAUAUUAGUUUCUUAGUUACCAACUUCCACACCGAAAGUAUGUUCAAACAUAAACUCGUUGAUUUCAUUAUUCAAUUUAUGGAAGAUAUCGAUAAGGAAGUCAGUGACUUAAAAUUAACUCUUAAUGCCAGAGGUCGUAUCAUUGCUUCUGAAUACUUAAAGAACUUUGCUUAA